AGGAGCACUGGGAGUACUGGGACUGGGAGGAUCGGACCGGACCCGGGCAGGCGGACAUGGAUGGACAGAACAGCGGCAGCAUCUGCUCCCGGCCGCACGGCACCGGGACGCACGGCAAGAAGAAGAAGAAGAUCCCCGACAGAGUGACUCUGAAGAAGGAGAUCGGGCUGCUGAGCGCCUGCACCAUCAUCAUAGGGAACAUCAUCGGCUCCGGGAUCUUCAUCUCUCCUAAGGGCGUCCUGGAGCACUCAGGCUCAGUGGGUGUGGCUUUAGUGGUCUGGGUGCUGGGAGGCUGCAUCGCUGCGUUGGGCUCCCUCUGCUACGCUGAACUGGGCGUCACCAUUCCCAAAUCCGGAGGCGACUACUCCUAUGUCACAGAGAUAUUUGGAGGUCUGACGGGAUUCCUCCUGUUGUGGAGCGCCGUCCUCAUCAUGUAUCCGACCACGCUGGCCGUCAUCGCACUUACCUUCUCCAGCUACGUCCUACAGCCGGUCUUCCCAAACUGCGUUCCACCAUACAUGGCAACACGGAUGCUGUCUGCCACCUGUCUCCUGCUGCUGACCUGGGUGAACUGCUCCAGCGUCCGCAUGGCCACCAGGAUCCAGGACGUCUUCACGGUGGGGAAGCUGAUGGCGUUGGGCCUCAUCAUUGUAGUUGGUCUGGUCCAGAUCUUCAACGGAAACUAUGAAGCGCUGACGCCUCAGGUGGCCUUCUCUCUGGAGAGGACGCCGUCGGUUGGGCAGAUCGCGCUCGCCUUCCUGCAGGCGUCCUUUGCCUUCAGUGGCUGGAACUUCCUCAACUAUGUGACAGAGGAGGUGGUCGAACCCAGACGGAAUCUACCUCGUGCCAUCUACAUCUCCAUCCCAUUGGUGACCUUUGUGUACACGCUCACCAACAUCGCCUACUUCUCCUCCAUGUCGCCCGAGGAGCUGCUGUCAUCCAAUGCUGUGGCUGUAACGUUUGGUGAGAAGCUGCUGGGAAUGUUCUCUGUCAUCAUGCCGAUCUCUGUGGCUCUGUCUACCUUUGGAGGAAUCAACGGCUACCUGUUCACCUCUUCCAGGUUGUGCUUCUCGGGAGCUAGAGAAGGUCACCUCCCCAGCCUUCUGGCCAUGAUCCACUAUAAGAAAUGUACGCCCAUCCCCGCCCUGCUCGUCUGCUGCACUGCCACCAUCAUCAUACUCUGCAUUGGAGAGACGCACAAUCUGAUCAACUACGUCUCCUUCAUCAACUACCUGUCAUACGGUGUUACCAUUGCAGGCCUGCUGUACUACCGCUGGAAGAAACCCAACUUGUACCGACCAAUCAAGGUGAACCUGGUGGUUCCUGUGUGCUACUUGAUGUUCUGGGCAGUGCUGCUGGGAUUCAGUCUUUACUCUGAGCCAGUGGUUUGCGGUGUUGGACUAGUCAUCAUGCUUACGGGUGUACCUGUCUACUUCCUGGGUGUGCAUUGGAAAGAGAAACCAAAGUGUAUCUAUAACUUCAUUGAGAGGGCGACACAUGUGGGCCAGAGGUUGUGUUUUGUGGUCUUUCCUCAGCUCGACCCCAUCGAGCUCGCCAGUCCUCCAGAGUGGACUGACCGCUCAUCAGGCAGGGGAAGCGUGUCUGUCAAUUCUUAAAACUCUUAUCUGGAAACAUAAAGAUCUUCUGGGGGUUUUUUUAUCCUGUUUUUACUGAUCAUCAAACAAGUCCAGACACCUGUUCCAGUCAUGGGAGCUUUCUGUCUGAUUUUUGAACCUUCGAGACUCUGAUUUUUGUUUUUCUAAAGUCGAGUGGAAUGCCCACUGUUCUGUGCGGGCUGCGUACAAUUUUUUUUCUCCAUCUACUUUUCUACUAAGUCUUCAAGUACACCAACCUAAUGCCAACAGUGUCACGCUGUGACAGGACUUUUUAUUUCCACUUUGGAACCAUCUGUUCCUCCUUUGGUAACAUGACAGAACAGUGACUCUCUCUGAAUGUUGCUGGUAUUUUAUUGUGCCUUCAGGUCUUUUCACACCAAGUCAAAAUCCAAGUUACAGUUGGAAAACUGUAGGAAAAACAAAACGUGCACAUUGUUUGUUAAAGUCACUUAAAAUAGCCAAACCCUUUCUCAUUUUCAGAUCCAUCCAUGUCACCAGAGUGUCACGGGGCUCUUUUAAGAUACACCAAUAAAAAAGUGAUACUGGAACAGCAGGCUAGAUGCUUUAGAUUUGGCUAGAUUUAGAACCUAGGCUGAAGUCAAAGAUAGCUGUUGUGAUAAAUUUUGUUUUUUUCGUCUGUCUUCUUGGAUAUUUGCCCCAUUUAUUUUCAUUUGCCUGAGCAAAAUGUUUCUUCAGACCAAUCUAGUAUCUGCUAAUUAGUCCCCAUGCAUUAAAAAUGAAGAUUUUACAUGUUUAAAUGGGGAAAAUGAUCGACAUUUGGAGGCAGGAGGCGUUGGCAGUGGCAAUAAUUAUUUUACUGCUCACAGAGUCCUGGGAGAGAUUUUUUUCUUUUCUGCUCUAAUAAAGUGGACUGAUAAUUCUUUUCCUUAUUUGUAGUCAUACAUCUGCUGUGCUGUUCAUAUGAAAUAUGACCAAAAUUUGGUAAUGCCACACACAUGGCUCUGUAUGAUGUCAGCAAGCACAGAUAUUCCUAA